AUGCAGACGCCGCAGUCUCCUCCUCCUUUUGCUGCUGAUGGGGUGUAUGUACCCUUCCCGUUGCUGUUCCCUCCUAUAGAUCUUCAUCCAAGCUUUGCUGCAGCAACAGCAGCAGCAGCAACUGAUGCUAAUGUAGAUCCUCUGCUGCAGCGUUCAUCAAGACCUUCUCCUUCUGCUGCCGCUGCUGCUGCUUCUGGUAUUUCUAAUGGAGCGGAUUCAGCAGCAGCAGCAGCAGCAGCAGCUGUAGCAGCUUCAGGGCUGCGGCAGCAGCUGCUGCAGCGCAUGCAGCAGCUAUCUGCUCUUCAUCAACUUGUUGCAGCAGAGCAGCAGCUAAGUAUUUGCCAAAGACCAAUAGAUCAGCAGCAAGGGACAAUAGAUACUGCAGCAGCAGCGGCAACAGCAGCAACAGCAGCAGGAGCUGCAGCUGCUGCUGCUACUGCUUCCGGUGAACAACGUACAGCGACAAAUGCUGCAGCAGCAGCUGCUGCUGCAGAAGCAGCAUUGGCUGCUGCAACGGGCAGUGAGGCCUCCCAACAAGGGACAGCAGCAGCAGCAAUAGCAGCAGCAGCAAAUGCAGCAAAUGCAGCAGCAGCAACAGGGGAAGGCCAUGUUGUCCCUCCUGUGCCCUUAUCACAGUCUCCCCAUCCCUUAAGGGGGCCCCCUUCUACUGAAUUCUUCCAGGGGCCCCCCCAAGGGGCUCCUGAAAGUACCCCACAAGGGGCCCCCCUUCAGGGGGCCCCAAUUCAGGGGGCCUCCCAGGGGGCCCCUGAAGGGUACGUUUGGGUACAGCGUCAUUUGCAUGCAUUAAGGAUGGCGGAGAUGUACGAAGGGCAGCUGCGGCUAUGGCAUGCAUUUGCUUCCUUGCUGCAGCUGCAGCUGCUGCGUGCUGUGUCUGAGGAAGCAGCAGCAAAGGGCAGCAGCAGCAACAGCAGCAGCAGUGGCAUUGGUGGGGAUGGGUUGUGGAUAAGUCACGGAGCAGGUGCUGCUGUUGAUGGGCCCUUGAGGUUUGCUGCAGCAAAUGCAACAACAGCAGCAGGAGGCAGCAGCAGCAGCAGAGGACGCGAUGCUUCUGCUGCAGCAGGACGUCUUGCUGCCUUGCAGACACAAAUGCAACAACUGCAGCAGCAGCAGCAGAGCUCUCCUGCUGCUGCUGCUAUUCGUGACCCUCGAAUAUCCCCUGCUGCAGCAUCAUCAACCCCACAAUCUCCUGCAGCAGCAGCAGCAGCAGCAGCAGCAGCAGCAGCAACAGCAUCAUCAUCAUCUGGCAGUUCUACCCAACAACAACAGCAACAACAGCAGCAGCAGCAGCAAGCUGUCCCUGCUGCUGCAGGUGUAGUAGGUGCAGCAGGUGGAGGAGCAGCAGCAGGAGGAGGAGGAGGAGGAGGAGGAG